AUGGUAGACAAUUGUAUUCAGGUCCACAGAUGCACUACAGAUAUAACUGGGUGGUUAAAAGGUGGCCACCCUACAUUUAAAGAUGGCAUCGUGGACAGGGAAGCUUGCUUCCACGGAUAGCAAAACUGUUGUUAUAGGAUAGUUCAAAUACGCGUGAGGGAGUGUCAAGGGUUUUAUGUGUAUGAGUUAAACCCGUCACCUGAAGGCAGGUAUCGCUACUGUGCAAGAGGAUGAACGGUAUCAGGUCCUUUAAUAUGACUUGAGGAACUCUGGAUCGUAGAAAAGGGAUAUAAUGUCGAGGACGUUGUGAAUGCGAAAACUACGCAUGUCGCUAAUAAUGAUACAGCAAUAAGGAAAUUAUUUAUCUUUACCUAGCUGAGGCCCUCAAUCCAGUUUCAACCUUAUCUCCCUCUCUUUUUUUUGGCAAAAGAAUCUAGAUUGGAGGGACUUCUUCUAGAUAUGUACUAGAUAUUUUUACAACCAGCUAUACACUAAGGUCAUCUUCUGAGACCCAGGGGCUGUUAGUCGGGUCGGGAGAAGCGGCGCGAAGAUAGUUUUCAAGCCGUGCUUGGUUACCAUCCUUAUACCGUUGUAUUGCUUCCUGUCUGCUGUUGGCAUGAUAUUUAUCAUUUAUUUUUUAUCUUUCCGGCUGGUACCGCUUCCAGUCAAGUUCAUACUCAAGAAGGGUAGACAAUUGUAUCCCGGUUCGCAAAUGCAGCUCUAAUCUGACUGGGUGGCUGAAUGGCGAACAUCCCACCUUUGUAGAUAGUAUCGUGGGGAAGGAAGUUUGUUUCCACGGAUUAUUAAACUGUUGUUACUGGACAGUUCAGAUACGCGUUAGAGAGUGUCAGGGUUACUAUGUGUAA